AUGUUGAGUUUUAUCUAAAAGUCGUUCUUCACCACCUUAAAGCAAGCCCAAUUACUACAGUUGAAAGCCUUUUAGCAGAGGCUUAACUCAAUGGUUGCAUAGAAUCUUUCACCCCUUCCUUUGGAAGAGAAAAAAAGCAUGCAGACAAUUGUUGGCAAUUUCUUUGCAGAUUUUUAAGAGCUAGAAAUUUUUAGAAGUAAAGACUUAAUUUAAACUGAUGACAAAACAAAUACUCCAACUAACUCUUGGGUUUAGUUGAACAUCCCUAUCACUUCAAACGAAGUAGUCUAGAGCACAAUGUUUCGUUUUGAUAACCAAAUUAGAAUAGGAAGAUUAUUGGAGUUUUUAGAUUUGUUUGCAGGUUAUAUUGGCUACAAACACUGUCAAUUAGAUAAAUUUGCUUAAAAACUCACAUUGGUAACUGCUUGUGUUGACAAUGUAGAAUUCUACUCUGAUCUCUCUACUUAAAAAGAUAUUUACCUCAAAGGAUAUGUCACUUAUGUCGGAAGAACUUCAAUCGAAGUCAAGAUUGAUAUGUAUUAACCUAGCGAUAAGGGCGAAGAAGAUUUAGUAGGCACCUCUUAUUUCUUGAUGGUGGCUCGUAACUCCUAAGAUCACUCAAAAAGUGUAGAAGUACCUAAAUUAUCAUUCGAAAAUGAAUUUAACAAAGACGCUUGCUUGUACAGAGAAUAAAUUGGAUUCCAAAACUAGAAAGCAAGAAAAUUGAAAUCUUAAAUGUCUUUCCAAACUGCUGAGCCAGGCAACUAAGAAUCAAAGUUAUUACACUCAUUCUUCAUAAACCCAUAGAAUUAUUUGAAACAUCUGCCUAUUCAAGAUACUAAGAUAGAAAGCAUAUAAUUGAUGCAAUAUCAAUACAGAAAUAUUCACAUGAAAAUAUUUGGAGGUUUCUUAAUGAGAAGAUUAAUUGAAAUUGGAUGGGUAUGCGGCCAUCUACAUAUAAAAGGAGUAGAAAGUCCUAAAAUGGUUUAUUUAAGUGACAUUUAAUUCCACUACCCAGUUGAAAUAGGUUCUAUGGUUUCAUUUAAGUCACAUGUAUGUUAUACUUAAAAUAAUUUCAUGGAUGUUAAAAUACAAGCUGAAGUUAUUAACCCAAAAAAUAGAUCAUUAAAUUAAAAAACUACUGAAAUGCAUUUAAUUCUUGAGUGUAAAAACGACGUUCCUCCCGUCUAUCCUCAGCAAUAUGAUCAUGGUAUUAUGUAUUUAGAGGGAAAAAGAGUUUUAGAGUCAUUUUUAUCAGAUUUAUGA